AUGACAUUUCCCUCCGGAACUGAACAAUUUCACGAUGCAGAUACCGAGGAAAAAAAUGCGAAUAAAGCACCACCCUCAUCGUCUCAUAUUGACAGUUAUAUCAACGAACUUAAUGAAUACCUGGGUGAUUUUUUACAAAAUUCUCAACCUUCCUAUAAUCCAAACGCUGACAUUAUAAAAGACGAAAAGACAAUUCAGAAGGAACUACUUAAUGACCAAGAAGCCAAGAAAAACAAAUACAAGUUUUUCUCAUUUGAUCAUUCGGUCCACACGUUUAAUCCUAAUACAAACGGCUCUUUAGAAACAACACAAAAAGAGCUUGAGAAUGAAGAGGUUCAACGACAACAGUACGAAACAGCUAUUUAUGAACUUGAACAACAACAGCAUGAAUCGGAUGAUAAAGAUGAAGACACCAAAUAUGCACAAGAACUUGCAGCUGGCAGAGUAAUUUCCGAGCAAAAAAGAGCAAUCACUCAAGGAGCUUUAUUGAACUGUGCAGACUUGGACUGGGAAUUACGAGAAUGUUUCAUGCGUGGCACGUUUUGGCAACGUCUUACAAUGUGUCAUGAACCGAGAGAGACGUUUUGGAAGUGUGUUACGAGGCAAAAGGAACUUUUAAAAGAAUUGAAUUAUUACGCGCCUUCAAAAUCAGAUCAGGAAAAUCAAGAAAUACUAGAUAAAGCCGACUCAAUCGUUCAAGAAGAGAGGCGAAAUGCGAAUUAA